GUUAUGACUUAGGCUAAUAUUUACAUAAUAUUUUUUUUAAAUUUUGUUGCGAAAUUUUAACAGUGAAGUGUAACAAAUAUUUUAAAGUGCAACCUACUAAAUAUAUUCGUAUAAGCAGGUUGUUUUUCCACUAGUAUUAUGAGACAAUAUACUUGACACAAGAACAUAACAAACCGGACCAACAAGAUCAGACAAAAUGAUAGAAUCAAAACAUCCUGUAGAAAAGUUUUUCCACAAAGUCACGAGAUACCACUACUACUUCUUUGCUCUUCUCUUCUUGACUAAAAUACCAAUCUUCUGGCACAUACUGAGUUUAAUAUUCAUGUCUCCACCUAUGGAUUAUGACUGCGGAGAACCAAAUGCAACUAAUACAUGUCCUUGUGAAUAUCCUAAUUGGGAUUUUACUGUGUUUACUAAAACCAUUCAGACAAAAUAUGGGAUCUACUGCGGCAACCAAUGGAUGCUGAGCUUCACCCAAAGUAUGCUGUAUGUUGGAUCCCUGCUCGGAGCUUUAAUAUUUGGGUUCUUGGGUGACAAGUACGGGCGCCUGUUUAUGUUCAUGGUAACAUGUCUGAUCAUCUCCGUAUCUGGAGUCCUGACUGCCUACAUGCCCACGGCUCCUACAUUCAUUCUCAUGCGAUGCAUUGAAGGAGCAGGCAUUGGGGGAGCCAUAGUCACUAGCUACGUCCUCUUGGUUGAGUACUGUGGAGUCAGUUACAGAGAAAUGGUGACUGCUCUGUACCACGUCCCUAUCAACGUUAGCCACAUGACCCUAGCAGGUGUAUCAUACCUCGUUAGAAACAGCGAUAUGUUCCAAUUGGUUAUUUCAAUACCAAUGUUCUUCUGUCUUCUGCUAUGGUGUAUGACCAUGGAAUCCCCAAAGUGGUUGCUCGAUGAAAAUAGAGUGGAUAGGGCGUCGGAAAUUUUGAUUAAGAUCGCUAAAUAUAACAACGCUCCCUCUGAUACCAUCAAACGUGACUUAGAAGAAUAUGCAGCUGCACAAGCUUCAUUAAAAUUAGAAAAAGCAAGCUUCUGGCACAUCUUCCACUACAGGCGAUUGACCAUUAACUUUCUAUGUAUGGCCUUUAUAUACUUUGUGUGUGGAAUGGGAUACUAUGGAGUCUCGCAGUACAUAGGUCAUAUGAGUGGGAACAUCCAUGCAAACGUGGCCAUGUCAGGAGCACUUCUGAUACCAGGCACACUCACUGCCGCAUACUUACUACAGAAAUUUGGCCGAAGAUCUUUCCUGAUGGCGACUAAUUUUCUAUCAGGGACAUUAAUGAUAAUAGUCAUCCUUAUUCCAGAUUCUGAAAGUGUGGCGAAAGUAUUAACUGCAUGCGCUGGUUGCACUUGCUUUUUUAUGUCUUUUAUAAUUGUGUUUUUGUAUGGAGUUGAGUUGUUCCCAACUGCUAUUAGAAAUUCUGUGUUAGGAAUUUUAUCGGUGAUGUCGAGAGUCGGCCAGAUUGUUGCACCGCCCAUCAAUUCUCUGCCGCCGAUGGUCUCAGGAUGCACAUUCGGAGUACUGGCCAUAUUAGGUGGAUUUCUGUGUAUCUUAUUACCUGAGACGAAGAAUACAGAACUGCCGUCAACCUUGGAAGACACUAGGAAUUUAGGACAAUGAUUCCGUAAGAGAUAAAAAUAAUUUACAAAUCAUAUUAUUUUUUUUUUUAAACUAAUUUUAGUCCAAGUCCAAAUAUUGUGGUGAUUUUACAUAAUGUAUAUUUUAUAAAUUGCUUAUUUUAUAGUAUUUUGCCACUUGUAUUAAUAAAUAUUUGAGAAUAA